GGUCAUGCCUUUUGGCCUCACCAACGCCCCGACGACCUUUCAAGUGGCAAUGGCCAAUGAGUUUCGCGCAAUGUUGGACUGGUUCGUGCUGGUCUACUUAGACAAUAUUCUCGUCUAUAGUCGGAUAUUGGAGGAUCAUCCUGGGCACCUUCAACGAUUGUUGGAGACGCUCCGCCGCGCCAAGUACAAGGCCAACCGCGACAAGUGCGAAUUUGUCCGACAAGAGCUGGAAUACUUGGGCCAUUUUGUCACACCGGAGGGCAUCAGUCCGUUAUCGGACAAGAUUCAAGCCAUCCAGGAGUGGCCGGAGCCGCGGAACGUCGCAGAUGUCCGUUCGUUCCUUGGGCUUGCCGGCUACUACCAACGUUUUAUCAAGGGAUACUCGAAGAUCGCGGCCCACUUGACCGAGCUUCAAUGCGAGGAUCGACCGUUUGACUUCGGAGAGGAGGCGCUGGAAUCAUUUUUGGCUCUCAAAGCCGCGCUAUUAUCUGCGGAGGUCUUGCGCAUAUAUGACCCGCUAUUGCCUACACGCAUCACUACGGAUGCGUCCGGCUAUGGCAUUGGUGUCGUCCUCGAGCAACACGAUGGCGUGGACUGGCACCCGGUCGAGUACUUCAACAAGAAAGUGCUCGUCGUGCACUCCAUUGAUAAUGCACGCAAGAAGGAGCUCCUCGCCUCCGUCCACACUCUCAAGCGGUGGCGGCGCUUCCUCCUUGGUCGAAUUCAAUUCCGAUGGGUAAUGGACAACAAUCCGUUGGUCUUUUACAAGACCCAAGACACCGUUAACAGCACCAUCGCCCGAUGGAUGGCUUUCGUCGACCAAUUCGACUUCCUUCCCGAUCACAUUCCGGGUAAGUCGAACCGUUUAGCGGAUGCUCUUUCACGACGUCCGGAUCAUUGUACCGCGGUCUAUUCAACCUUCGAGAUCGACGACGACAGCUUCAUCCGCGGCCACCAAGCCGACCCUGAGUUUUGCGACAAGUACGCGAAUUGCUCCUCUCCUAAUCCGACACCUUGUUACUACCGGAUCCAAGAGGGGUACUUGCUUGACAAUGUCCACACGCGGGGGAAGGACCUUCUUUGCGUACCGAGUGACUCUCACGUGCUGCGUACACGGCCUCUUGGCGAGUUCCACGACGCUCUCGCCACCGGACACUUUGGAGGCAAUCGCACGAUUGGCUGACUUCGCGAGCGAUUUUGGUGGCCCGGCCUUCUCGGCGACGUUACACGCUAUUGCGAGUCAUA